AUGCCUAUCCCUGUGGGAGACCCCCGCAUGAGGCUCCUCAAAACCGCCUUUGUCAUCUACUAUCACGCCGACCUUGCCAAAGCGCGGCAGUUCCUAUUGGAUUUUGGGCUGUCAAUAGUCGAGGAGUCCCACGGCGAAAUCUUUUUCACGGGUUAUGGUUCCGAACCAUAUGUCUAUAUUGCAAGGCAAGCAAAAAGUGACAGCGAGUUCGGAGGCGCCGCAUAUGAAGUGGAGAGUCAUGAAGAGCUCGAACGGGCAACCAAAAGUGCCAAUGCGACUCCAAUUUUCGAACUGGACGGUCCUGGAGGUGGUGAAGCUGUCACUCUAACAGAUCCUGCUGGUCACAAGGUGCACCUUGUCUACGGUCAAACACCGAAGCAGCCAGACAAUCCAAAUCUUGAAAAACUCACACUGAAUUAUGAAGACGAGAAACCCAGAACAGGCCGAUUUCAGCGGUUUGCGCAUGGCCCAGCACCAGUAUAUCGCUGGGGUCACUACGGUGUGACCUAUCCAGAGGGCAAGUUCCAGGAAAUAGGUCUAGAGUUUACGGACCACCACGCCUUUUUCUUCAAAAGAACCAAACCAGGCCAAAAGCCAAGCGUUGCUCAUGCGGCUUUUGAAGUCCACGAUUUUGAUAUCCAACAGUUAGGUCAUCAACAUCUGACUGCGAAAGGAUAUCGUCCGUGCUGGGGCGUGGGAAGGCACGUUUUGGGUAGUCAAGUUUUCGACUACUGGUUCGACACAAGUCAAUUCGUACUGGAGCAUUACGCUGAUGGUGAUCUGGUCAAUUCCGAGACUGAGGUCGCUCACGUUCCAGCCGGACCUGAGGCGCUUUAUGUCUGGGGUCCUCCAAUUCCAGAAACAUUUUCGUAG